AAGAAGCAUGUAGCUCCACUGGCAAGGUGCCAAUGAUGACAGAAUGCUGCACUGCCAGAGGAUCAGCAAUGAGGGAAAACUGUAUUGUCAGAGUGUCUUCGUCAAGAAAGUGCCACUCUGUCGGAAGGCCAAUAUUAAGGGAGUGCUGCACUGUCACAGGAUCAAUAUUAGGGGUGUGCUGCACUAACAGAGGGUCAGUGUUGAUUGAAUGCUUGACUGUUGCAGAGCCAGGACUGAGGGAAUCCUGCAUCGUUACGGUGUCAUCGUUGAGGGAGUGCUGCACUGUUGAAGGGCCGAUAGUAAGGGAGUGUGACACUGUCAGAGUGUCAUUACCAAAGUACCACGCUGAGUAUUGUUAUCCCGAUAGUUCUUUCGUCUCAGUCCGUGUGUAUUCCUGGGCGAAUGUGCUCGUGUGGUCUCAGGAGUUGCGGAGGUCACGGCUCUGGGACAGCCGUUUCAUGGCCCUAUGCUGCAGAACCUACCCCGGAAGAGAGAGCCCAGAGAAUUGCCAAAGCUGUCCGCAAACAGUCAACAGAAGUGAAGGAAAAUUGGGAGCAAUUGAAAACCCGUGCGAGCAACUGGCAGAAACAGGUGGAAAAGGCGUUGGAGAAACUUCAAGAACUGCAGAAAGCGCUGGAUGAUCUUGAGGCUCAUGUGAUAACAGCUGAGGGGGUCCACACUGAUUGGCAACCUGUGGGUGACCUGCUUCUUGACUCAUUGCAGGAUCACAUUGAUAAAACCACAGAUAAGGACUAUCUGCAAAAUCUGAGAUUGGGUUUUGAAAGACAGCAGCCUUUGUUUUGGAGAGAUAAUGGGAACUGCAGAUGCUGGAGAAUGCGAGAUAACACCGUGUGGAACUGGAUGAAGACAGCAGGCCAAGCAGCAUCUCAGGAGCACAAAAGCUGACGUUUCGGGCCGAGAACCUUCUUCAGAAAAUGGGGAGGGGGUGCGGGUUCUGGAAUAAAUAGGGAGAGAGGGGGAGGCGGAUGGAAGAUGGAUGGAGGAGAAGAUAGGUGGAGAGGAGAGUAUGGGUAGGGAGGCAGGGAGGGGAUAGGUCAGUCUGGGGAGGCCGGACAGGUCAAGGGAGCGGGAUGAGGGGAAAUAGGGGUGCGGCAUGAGGUGGGAGGGGGGAUGGGUGAGAGGAAGAAUAGGUUUGGGAGGCAGGGACGAGCUGGGCUGGUUUUGGGAUGCAGUGGCAGGACAGGAGAUUUGGAAGCUUGUGAAAUCCACACUGAUACCAUUGGGCUGCAGGGUUCCCAAGCAGAAUAUGAGUUGCUGUUCCUGCAACCUUCGGGUGGCGUCAUUAUGGCACUGCAGGAGGUCCAGGUUGGACAUUUCCUCUCAGGAAUGGGAGGGGGAGUUGAAAUGGUUCGUGACUGGG